GCAGAUAAACCAGCGUCCAGCGAGGAGCAUCAGGAGAAGUCAAGGAUGGGUCAGUCUGUGCCACCACCAUACUAUCCCAGCGCAGAAUACGAGAUUCCAAGAGUCAAUCCCAUCUCUUCUGGAUAUCCAAACCAACCGUACAGAGCUCCAGGAGUCCCUCAGGGCCCGUAUGCCCAGCAGUCAUAUCCAGGGAUGGCUAUGUAUCCCCAAGCAGCAUAUGUUGGUCAAACUGGGGUCACAGUUCAGCCCACUGUGUUCAUGACCCCCACACCGCAAGCCACUCCAAUGCCAGAUUACAUGUGCUACUCUAUCUUUACCUUGCUGUGCUGCUGUCUACCUCUGGGCAUCGCCGCUACCAUCUGCUCCUGCAAUACUCGAGAUGCUAACUUGUCUGGACAGCGAGAGUUAGCGAUGAGCAGCUCCAGAGCGGCGUUGAUCCUGAACAACGUGGCUCUCUGUUUCGGCAUUCUAAUCAUCACUGCAGCCACUAUUGUAAUACUUUAUGUGUACGAAGUAUUUGAUUGAACAGAUGUUGUAUCCUACUUCAAAUGAACCUAUUCUCAUACUGUAACUCGUCAAUGACUUUGUGGAAGAAAUGACAAGUAUUUUCAAGACCUUCUAAGGAAAUAAAGUACAAUUAAGCUUU